CCUGUGUUUUACACUAUAUGUGUAUCUCUGUUUUUGAGGCAGAUAUGUCUUGAGAUCCAGUCUGAUACAAUGGCUGGUAAUAUCCAGUAACCACUUCCAGAGGACACACUUUUUAUGUGGAGUGUCUUACCAGGAGCUUCACUUUCUGAAAAUGGCAGAAGCCAGUAUUUCUGGUGCUGAGGAUCAGGUCAUCUGUCCAAUCUGUCUGGACCUACUGAAGGAACCAGAGACCAUUCCCUGUGGACACAGUUACUGUAUGAGCUGUAUUACAGACUACUGGAAUAAAGAAGAUCAGAAGAGAAUCUACAGCUGCCCUCAGUGCAGACAGACCUUCAGUACAAGACCUGUUUUAUGGGAAAACACCAUGGCUAAAGCGCUGGAGAUAUUGGAAAAGACAAAAGUUGCUCAUUCUGUUCAGAGUCAUGCUGCGUCUAAUAAUGUGAAGUGUGACAUCUGUAAUGAGGAAAAGUCCGAUCUCGUGUGUAGGAACCCUCGCUGUCAAGAUGACCAAGAUACCAUAAAUCAACUGUGUAAGGCAAUUAGUGAGUUGGCUGAUCAAAUUGAAAUGACGCAUAUUCAUGAUAGCAUCUUAAUGAUGCAUCUUCAUGAUGCUUCACAGAGCAUCAAUAUCCAUCAUCCCUUUUCUUUCUUAACAAAAUAUGUCUCUCAGCUGGAAGACAAAAUAAAUAGAUGGCAUAAGGAAACAUAUGGAAGAGGACAGGCAUUUGCAGUAAACAUAUGGACAAGUUUACAGAACUGGACUGGAGACACCGCUGGAAGUAGAAUAUCUACAGUAAUUUCAAAUGUUUUGAAAGACCCAAAAGAGCCGAACGUCUCUGCGCCUGAACCUUCUGAAAUGAAUCUUCACUGUCAGUCUUGUGUUCACAUUGUCGACUGUGAUCAGUGGGUUCAAGUGGAGCCGUCAGUCUGUACAGAUGAAGGAGGGUCAAAGUUCAGCAUCAGCACUCCGGCGGGCCGAUUCGAGUGCAGCAGGACCAGAAUCCGAUGGGUCUGUGGGGGUGACGUCAGUCUCCAGUAUCGUCCAGUGGAUGGACGUUUCCUCAGUGCAGAGCUGGAGAGGCUUCAGUGUGAGCGAAUUGGUCCAGUGAUCGAUGUGACCGUUAUCUCAGGGAAACUGGAGGAGGCCCAUCUGCCUCAUUACGCCUGUUUAGCAGAGUCUGACCCCUCUCUCAAAGAUGAUGUGAAGCUGCUCAGUGUUGAAAAUGAGGGAAUAACCUUGGAAUCAGUGGAGUUGACUCGUUUUCAUGCCAGAAUACUCCAACCAUAUUUUUCUCCUAAAACAGUACUUGUGAAACUAGGGAUAUCAGUGAAAAUGCACUGUGAUCUACUUAUCUUCAUUGCAAAACAGAACCCCAUUAUUCUCCAUGUGUAUUUUUUCCCAUCAGAUUCUGUUGUCGCAAAAAAAAUUAAAAAGGAGGAAAAGCCAAAUCAUCAAAUCAAGUGUUCAAGACCUGAAACCCCACUGCAGAUGAUGAAAAAACACAGUCUUGAGGUUCCUGGUGCUUCUGUCCAACCGAAAGAGAUCAAGCUAAGAGGUGACAUCGAGCCAAACUUCUUUCAGGUUAAACAAACUGUUGCAGAUGACAUCAAAAUGACUCUCAGCCGAGUGGAUGAUCAGAAAACAAUAUGGGCUGCAACAAUUUGGAAAGAAUUAACCAACAUCGAUCCAAACAAAGCUGUAAAUAUACAACAACAUAAUACACCACCAGUGGCUGUCAACUUUGAUAAAGCUCAAUAUUUUGAUAGAAAUUGGAGUGGUCUUAUCAAAAGCGUUACGAAUGUGAACGCCAUUGCAGACAAACUUCUUCAGAAGCAAAUCAUUCAUGAGGAAAUAUAUUCUGAAAUCACACACCCGACUUCAACCGCAGAAGAAAGCAUGAGAAAGAUCUGCAGCAUUGUGCGGAAAGGUGGUGUUGCUGUGAAGGAAAGUUUCAUCUCAGUUCUUCUGGAAGAAAAUCCCAAACUUUUAAAUCAUCUGCCUUUAUCAGACUCUUAAACUUUUUCUAGAUGACUGUACAUUAUUUUACAUGAGUUGUGAAAUGACAUGAAAACGGCAGGUGAUGAACUGGAGAAAUGACACUACAACAGUGUAUUUGACUAUUUUAGUCAAAACAUGUUCAUUGUUUGAAUUAAAGAAAAGGCAAAUGAUCUGCUUGUCUGUACAAAUUAGAUAAAAAACAAAUCACUAAGACUGAUAAGAACAGUGAAUAAGGU